AUGGCUUUUCCGGUGGGCAGCUACAACCCGUCGGAAUCGUUGCCGGAGACGUCUCCACUGCCGUCGCCGUCUAGCCGGGUGGACGGGUCGGAAUACUCAGAGGACAUCCCCUGGGGCGGGAGGGGUGCAACGGGGAGAGUUGCAUCUUCUUUUCCUGGCAGUGGGGGCGAGAUGCUGGUCACCAACCCGGGUGCGAAUAAUUUACAACCAAAGAGCAGCUUGACGACGGCAUCAGUGAUGAAGAUGCCGCCAGGGCUAACAGGUAACGACGUGGAUUCUUGUCUCCCGCCUCCUCUAAAGGUGGUCAAUUCUUGUUUGUUUCUUCUUCUUAAUGUCGCUCCCGUGUUUCUGACAUCACGCGAUGAGCUAUAAGAAAAUGCUGUCUUCUCAAUGUGUUAUCUGAAUUCAAAUAUCACCAGGAAGUAGUACGCUGAUAUCUUAUUCUGUGAGUAAGAUGAUGGGUAACAGGCGUUUCCUCCCCGAUCUCAAUUGACAGAGCCUCUUUCUUGCUGCUCUUCUGCUUUUUCUACUUCCCAUGUGAGCUGUUAGAAGCAGAUCUUUUGAAUGCCAGGGGAAUUUCCUUUUGAUAUGUUUGCUUAGCUGCUCAGCUGCCUGGAGAAGUUAGAUAGAUGCGUAAUAAAGUAAUGGCAGUCGAUGAUUUAUAAGGUGGAAGAAAGAGUGGGUGAUUUUCUUUGUUUGAUGUUUCUGUACUGAAUGGUCUUCUUUGAUUUUGAAAUACUCGAGAAUGUUUUAGCCAUAAGUAAAGAUAAGUAAGUAGUCGCGAGUGGUGUCUGACAGAGAUCCUGGAGUGUUGUGUGGGUUCUUCAUUCAUCAUGUUGUCUUUUGGAUUAAUUUCGGAGGGAAUAUGUUGUGGGGUUCAUCGUACUUCAAACAUGUGGGUUUUUUUUGUAACCAGUGGAUAAUCUCUCCUUCUGUGGGCUUUUUUGUUGAAGACAGUCAAUAUAUUUACAUGAAGGUUACGAAAAUGAUCAUGCAUUUCUCCCAUUUAUUUGGCCGAGAUCAGUACAGCUAUUCUUGUCUAAUCUUCUGGUGGAUAAGAUUAUUUUGCUUUGGAAUGUUUGUUCUGGGUAAUGCUUUCAUUGUUCUCUUAUCCUUCUUGAGGUUGGAUUUAGGUUUUAUCGUUUCAGAAAAGGAAUCAGUCACUUUCAUGGGGGCUUACUGUUUAUUUAAUUAUUCACUUUUACAGAAUAUGAUUCUAGCUGCUUGUGGGAAAAUGACAAGCCUGUUGUUUUACCAGAAGAUUAAUGUUGUAUCUUCUUUCUAACAAUAUAACGUUGACCUCAUUCAGUAUAAAACGCAUAAAAAAUUCCGUCAAUCUUAGAUCAGGAUGAAGCACAGAAAGGUAAAUUUAUGAUUUUUUUCCUUCAAAGUUUUUGAUUGCCUGUUACUGCCUCUAUCUUUUAUGAUGGGAGUGAUUUUUUUGCUGAAUGCAACUGUUUAAGAGCAAGGUUUAUAAUAUUCUCCAAGAAAAAUAAAUUAUAGGUAAUUAUUAUAAGUUUAUGUUUUCAGAAAAGGGCAAGGGUCCUAUGACAGAAGGUCAGCCUGAACGAGGGGGUACAAAGGUGAAGGAGAAAAUGUCAAAAGCUGAAAGGCGUGCUCUCCAAGAGGAACAGCGUGCUGCUAAGGCUGCAGCAAAGGCCUCUGGUGAUUAUUUGUUUUGUGAUGUUGAACCUAUUGUUUUUGCUCUUAUUGUUUGUUUACUUCUUGUCCUUUUGAUGCAAUAUCUUUAUGGGAACAGUUGAUGGUUAUGCCCUGUGCUCAUCAACUUGGGGGUGUAUGUACACAUGGAUAUUUUUGUGUCUUGUUCUUGAUUCUCUAGCAGACAACGAAGGAGCAGAGUGGUAAUCCAAAAUCCUCAAAUCAGUCAGGAUGUUGAUUUAUUUUGGCUUAUUGUGUUUGUUUUCUUUGACAACCCAUGAUUUCAAUAUGGAAUCAGCUAUUUCUUCUGGAAAAAAAAAAUGUAAAUGCUAAUGAACAUGAUCCACCUUUCUUAAAAAUCAUUUUUUUUUUCUUUCUUACGCCUCAUUUCGAAAUGUCUGACUGUCCCUCCAUGAUGACCAUAGGUGACGGAAGAAAGCCUGCUACUGGAACUGCUUCAGUGAGUGCAGAACAGAGCAAAAUAGGGAAGCCUUCUUUGCAGAAGAAAGAUAGCACUCAGGUUUCCAGUGUUCCAGAGAAGAAGGGUACUGACCGUGUUCUGGAGAAGGACAGGAAAAAGGAUGUUCCACCACCCAGAAUGCAAUUUGAUGACAAGAGUCGAGUUGAAAAGGCCAAAAGGCGAGCAGUAGUGAAUCAGUCAGAAGCCAGAAACAUAGUCGAGUUGUUUCGGCACUUGCCUCAGUAUGUGCACGGCACACAGUUCCCUGAUCUUGAAGCAAAAUUCUUCCAGCUUGAUCCAAUGCAUCCCUCUGUAUAUAAGGUAUGCCCCGGAACUGCAUUGCUGACGAGCCAAAGCUCAUUUUGGCAUCUAACAAGUUAGAGAUAGAAUGGCUUUAGAAGUAUAUUUAAAAAAAAUAUGGCAGGCCGAAAUUUAUACCCAAAAAUUAUUAUUUCUGUCAUUUCCACAGCUUCCACGGCUUUCGAAAGUCUCUUUUUUUUGUUUAUUGUUAAGUCAGUAUGUUCUUCAAACAAUCUGGACACUGUAACCUCUUCAGAGAUGCUAACCCAAUGCAGCCAUUCGCUUGCUGUUGUCUUCAAUAAUAUGUUUCUGCCUCACAAAAUGAGCUUUAAGUAUUUAAUCUCCGGGAGAUUCUAACCUUGGACUUUUUUUUUUACCCCAUCUGCAUUUUUAUCCUUCAUUUAAUUGAUCAGGAGGCAUAAAUUUCAGGUCGGACUCCAAUACUUAGCAGGAGAUAUUUCUGGCGGCAACAAUCGCUGUGUUGCCAUGCUUUUAGCAUUCCGAGAUGCAAUCAGAGACUACUCCACGCCGCCAGAAAAGACUCUCAUUCGAGAUUUAACUGCCAGAAUCGGUAUCUACGUAUCAUUCUUGAUUGAGUGCAGACCACUUUCUAUCAGUAUGGGAAAUGCAAUUAAGUUUCUGAAGAACCGGAUCGCCAAGUUACCAUUGAAUAUCUCAGAAUCCGAAGCAAAAUCCGGCCUUCAGGCGGACAUUGAUCGGUUCAUCAAUGAGAAAAUAAUACUGGCCGACAAGGUUAUAGUCAGUCAUGCGGUGACAAAGAUAAGAGACAGUGAUGUUUUGCUCACUUAUGGCUGUUCUUGUGUUGUUGAGAUGAUACUGCUAAACGCUCAUGAACUUGGGAAACAAUUUAGGGUGGUGAUAGUGGACUCACGCCCAAAGCUUGAAGGGCAGGCAUUACUCCGCAGGCUAGUGAGAAAGGGCAUCCACUGUACAUAUACCCAUAUAAAUGCUAUUUCCUAUAUUAUGCAUGAAGUUACACGUGUGUUCCUAGGAGCUUCUUCGGUGCUAUCCAAUGGAACUGUUUACUCAAGGGUGGGCGCGGCAUCUGUGGCCAUGGUCGCCCAUGCAUUUCGUGUUCCUGUCCUAAUUUGCUGUGAAGCAUACAAAUUUCAUGAGAGGGUGCAGCUUGAUUCCAUAUGCUUUAAUGAACUCGGUACUUGGAUCUUCUUCUGUACCUGGGACCUCGUUUUUUGUUCUCUCUAGUGACAUUUAGGAGACUUAUGCUUCAGAAGCACCAACCCUUGCUGAAACAUCGUGUGAUCUUCUUGCAGGUGACCCAGAUGUGAUAUCGAAAAUUCCUGGGAGACCAGAAUUGAAUCAUUUGGAUCAUUGGGCAGACAAUGAGAAGUUGCAUCUUCUGAAUCUCACGUAUGUUCUAAGUUAGAUGCAUUGUAACUAUUUAGGCACAAAGUACUCAUGGAACUUGUGGUGUCCUUGGGGUUCAUACGUGAGUAGGAUCAAGGUUGGGCGGCUUAGUAUUUUAUUGAGACUCAGAUAGUGGAAAAUAUAAAGCAGAAGCAUGUAGACUCAGUUGCUGCUUGGACUGACACUGAUAUAAUUUGCUUUAGUCUCUAGACAAGGGUCAUAUAAAUCUGGUAGUCAUUUUUCAAAGAACCUAGCUCAUAUCAAGAUAGGAGGGCCACAUCAAGUUGGCAAACCUUGUUUUGGAUGCAUGAUUCAAUUUCUAUGUUUUUUUCAAUGAUGCAUUGACAUAUAAUAUGUUUUUAAAACUUCUCAAUUAUUUUUUUUUUUUGGUGUAACAGUUAUGAUGCAAUGCCUUCUGACUAUGUGUCGAUGAUUAUCACGGAUUAUGGAAUGGUAAGUAGCACAAUACAUUUGAUGCCUUAAAAUUUAAUUGAAGGAUUUAUCCCGUGUGCAGAGAAACUAUAAUCUAAUCAUGCAUUUAAAAAAUGAACUACUUAUUUCUCGUCAUGUUAUUUUUGUUGGAUCAUUGGUCUGUCGCCUCCAGUCUGAGAUGGACUACUUUUCAUAGGGAGGAUGCGGGAUUCCUAUCCAAUUGUGGGAGGAGAUUUCUAUACGUUUUAAAUGAAGCCUUGCCAAUAUGUCAUAGAGCUUUUUCUGCACCUGAACGCUGGAUUUCUUCUAUUUAUUUCCCCAGAAAAAGAAAUUCCUUCUUAUUUUCUGCACCGUUUGAACUCAAGACCUAAAAUGCAACUGAACUCAAGAUAUAUCCUGAAAUCUUGAUCAUUUUCUAUUAUUAGUGAUUUCAUGUCGUCAGUUAAAACCCAGAUUCGGAUCAUUCUAUGCUGCGCUAAUCUCAUACUUUUGACUCAAUAUGAUUAUAUAUUCUAAAACGGCUGCAAAAUUUGCAUCUAAGCAGAAUGCCUCUCUUGCAGGUCCCAGCCACGAGUGUACCGGUCAUCAUCAGAGAGUACCGAAGAGAACACGUGUGGAUAUAG